AUGAACAAGAAAGGCUGGGUGGGCAAGGUGUUGCUGGUCUUGGCAGUGAUGCUGCCAAUCGGAGGAAUGGCCUUUUCAGUUUAUCUGUCGACCAGUGGCACUUCCUGGUCUCCGUUUGGUAAGCAGCAAUCCGGUGAUGAAUCGGAGUAUGUAUUGACCAGCGAAGACUUCCCCACGGCCGAAUUGGACAUUGGAAACCAGGUGGGUUCCCAGAUCCCUGACUUUACCCUGACGUUGGCCGACGGGAGCGCUGUGACUUCGGCUGGCCUGGUAGAAGAAGGCAGACCUACCUAUCUGUUUUUCUGGGCCACAAUUUGA